AUGCCCUGCUUUGCAGUUGGCAUCGCUCAAGUGACAAACACCCUUCGACAGAGGUUCCAGCUUCACCUGAGCGCCGACGAAGCGGAACAUUUCGUGGAGGAUCUCGUUGCCAAAUCGUUUGGCAGUUACUACACUCGACUCUAUGACACAUUCCAAUAUCGUACACAGGGCAUCUACUAG